AGGAUGGCAGUGCGGAAGCGGAAGAGGCUGCAGAGCUAGGAGCCUUCAGUAGGCCGACCAGGUCCUGGGCUCCGGGCCGCCGGUCCCAAUGCCGAGCCCCCGUAGGAAUGUCGAGGGACGUCCGCUGGGCGCCUCUGCCUCGAGCAGCAGCAGCGGCGGCGGCGGCGGAGGCCCUGGAAGCCCGACCCAUGGCGGCGGUGGCGGUGGAAGCAGCAGCAGCAGCAGCAGCAGCAGCAGCAGGUUCGAAUUCCAGUCCCUGCUCGGCAGCCGAGGGUCGGGUGCAGACCCCACCUGCGCCCGGCUCCGCCUGUCCGAGAGCCCGGUGCACCGCCGCGGCUCCUUCCCGCUGGCAGGAGCAGGCCCCUCACAGGCACCACCUCCCCCCUUGCCUGAGGAGGACCGCAUGGACUUGAACCCGUCCUUCCUGGGCAUAGCCCUGCGCUCGUUGCUGGCCAUCGACCUGUGGCUGUCCAAGAAGCUGGGGGUGUGCGCCGGAGAGAGUUCUUCCUGGGGCAGCGUGCGGCCCCUUAUGAAGCUGCUGGAGAUCUCCGGACAUGGCAUCCCCUGGCUGCUGGGCACCCUCUACUGCCUGUCCAGGAGCGACAGCUGGGCCGGGCGCGAGGUGCUGAUGAACUUGCUCUUCGCCCUGCUUUUGGACCUGCUGCUGGUGGCCCUGCUCAAAGGGCUGGUCCGCAGGCGACGCCCAGCCCACAACCAGAUGGACAUGUUUUUCACCCUCUCGGUGGACAAGUACUCCUUCCCCUCGGGCCAUGCCACCAGGGCAGCCCUGGUGUCAAGAUUCAUCUUGAACCACCUGGUACUGGCUAUUCCACUGAGGGUGCUGGUGGUACUGUGGGCCUUCAUCUUGGGCCUCUCUAGGGUCUUGCUGGGACGACACAAUGUCACGGACGUGGCUUUUGGCUUUUUAAUGGGCUACAUGCAGUAUAGCAUCGUGGACUAUUGCUGGCUCUCACCGCACAAUGCUCCAUUGCUCUUUGCACUGUGGAACCAACAGUGACACCAUCUCAUUCAUUACGGCACCAGGAAAUCUAAAGGUUUCCACAUGCAAUCAUGCCAUCAUGCUGACAGAAAUCAGCAGCCAUUCUGUUUGUCCCCUCUUAGGACAUUUCAGGCUUCCUUUGGGAUUUCAGGUGUCCUACCAUCUUGAUGGGUUGCUGGGCUGGAGCACAUGCUGGCCAUCACUGGUCAUACCCAUAUUACAGAAAGAAAAAAAAAAUCCUUCUAUCAUACAUUCAACAAUUGUUUGUAUCUCCAGGAAAACUGCGAAGAAACCAAGCUGGGUGAUUAUUAACAUUGCUGUUUUCUAAAAGUUGACAUCAGAAAAAUUGUGUUCUGUAGUGAUCCUAUACAUCAACGUAUCACUUGUAAAUUAAACUUUGAAAAAGAAACAUGAUCUUCAUUCUGUACAUAUACAUGCAGAUAAGCUGCAUACUAAUCCUAGUUCUUAUUUAAGAGCCUAAGACAUAGGUUUUUCUAGUUGAUUCCCUGAAGAUCUGUUGCCUUGGCUGGGGAGAUUUCCUCUUAAUCCUGACUUGGUAAACUUUUUGAGUUCAUGUCUCUUCCAUCUUUGCAGACUGGGUAGUAAGAACAGAGAUUAUAGUACAUUAUCUUUCCUUUCCCUCUAGCUCCUCAAAAGAUCUUUUAAUUUAUAUAUUUAUUUCCCACUACUCUAAUACUGUCUUUUAGAAUUCAGAGAACAAGCCAAGAACUUAAUUGAAGAAACACUUAAAUAUGGUCAUGUCUAUAAUCCCCCACAAAAGGGAAGGAUAGGAUAGCUAAGCUGCUUAAGCCGUCAGAGGAACUGAGAGGUUGCAGGUAGGCUACCCACAUACUAUGCCAAUGGACCAGUAUGGCAAGAGAUGGGGCCUGCUGCUGUCAUCUCUACUGAAUAAAGAAAAAUGCUCUUCUACUGAGAUAAUAAAAUGGGAAAAUAAUGUGAUUCUUUGCAAUGCAAAAAUGUAAGCUUUUUCAUAUAUACCACAAGGAUGAGCUUGUGUGUUAUAGUUUUUCAUAUGGAAUUCUGUUUCCCUGUAUACAGCACCCAUUAGGUAGCAAUGGUUAAUUUGAAAUUCAUCAGAGGAGUUGGCUGCUAUACCAGGCACAAGGUACAACUAACUCCUAAGGUCCAUUUACACUGACCUUUACAUUUAAAGCAGUUUAUCUGUGGUGCCUCCCCAAAAUCAAAAGACCAAAGACCACGAAAUGCAGGGUGCACUCUGUUCAUUAUCCUUUGAUCAGGAAAGAAUAAUGAAAGGGUAUGCGCUUUAAAUGCUGCUCUACCUGAAAAUGAGAACUUUUAAAUUACUUAUGGAACUGGUAUCUUCAGAUAAUUUUAAUGACUAGUUAUUUUGAGAUUUAUAAAUAGAAUGGAUUGUGGCCUUUGACCUUCAUGUAGAGGUGCACAUAGGACUCUGGAGAAUGGCUGUGACAGGUGGGCUCUGAUUGGGUGGAAACAAACUUUCCAAGUGUGAGAGGCCCAUUGAAAGAGGGACAGAUACUCUUCAACAUAAAAUCAUUUGCAUUCCCACAACAUCCUCAACACAGACUACCUCUUCACUCGCUGAAUCAGACAAACUGAAACUGAGUGGUUUGCUUUAUCGUUUCAUCUUAGAUCCUUUCUUUACUUUAAUGGCAGAAAUAAUUCAGGCUAGAUAUUUGGAAGCAUGAUAUUUUCUCUGGCAGAGUCCAGAAGUCUAAAUAUUAGGGACUCAAAAUUAGGUUUACUUUCUAGUUUCAGUUCAUAAUUCUGGAAUUCUGUCUUAGUUGCUGGGGCCUAGUUUGCUGGCUUUAAAGCACAGAUCAAUUCACCUUAGGAUGCUUUUUGGAGCAUCCUAAGUAUUGUAGGGUAGAAAACUGAUUUCACUAUUAACUGUAUACUGAGUAAUGCUUUUUUAAAAUUAAAAUUAAUAAUGUUG